AUGGCUGGUAUUCCAAUCGUCGAUUUCGCCAAAGCCUCAGGCGGCACGCAAGAAGAAAAGAAAGAGAUAGCGGGGCAAAUUGACGACGCUUUUCGUCGAGUUGGCUUUGUGUACCUCAAGAACCACGGUGUGCCGGAUGACCAGGUUGAGGCUUGCUUUGGUUGGGUAAGCCAGCAACUUGGAGCUCGAACCUCCAUUGAUUCCCAGACCAUUACUCACACGCAGCAGUCAAAGAAGUUCUUUGAACUGUCAUUUGAGACCAAAAUGCUUGCGCCUCACCCUCCGGGUGGUUCGCAUCAUCGCGGCUACUCCGCACCUGGUGUUGAGAAAGUCAGUCAGCAUGAGUACGAUGCCAAUGAAAUCAGCAAGCUCCGAGACAUUCCCGACUUCAAGGAAUCAUUUGAAUCCGGCAAUGUUGACGACGAUGCGCAGCCCAAUAUCUGGCUAGUAGAAGAAAGACUUCCAGGUUUUCGUACUUUCAUGGAGAGUUACUUCAAUCUCUGCGCCGACCUCGUACACCGCAUUUUGAGUAGUCUUAGCAUCGCCUUGGAGGUGCCGGAACCUGGCCUCAGUUCCACCCAUUCGAAAUCAUUGUUCCAGCUGCGUUUGUUACACUAUCCCGCGAUCGCGUCCGAAGAGCUGGCGCAGAAUAAAAGAAGCAGAAUCAAUGCGCAUUCAGACUUCGGCACGCUGACCCUUCUUUUUCAAGACUCGGUCGGUGGUCUUGAAGUUGAAGAUCCGCAUAAGCGCGGAACGUUCCGAGGCGCUGAACCUAUCGAGGGUACCGUACUGGUGAACAUCGGCGAUUUGAUGGCUAGGUGGAGUAAUGACCGAUGGCGGAGCACUGUGCAUCGCGUGGGUAUACCUCCCAGUAACGUUGAUGGGGUUGUGAACGAUCGAUACUCGAUUCCCUUCUUUGCCGUCGCGAAUAUGGACACCGUAAUUGAGGCAUUGCCUGGGUGCUUCGACGAGGUGAAUAAUCCGAAGCAGUAUGAGCCGGUUACAGCUUGGGGGUAUGUGCAGAUGCGCAUGAAGGCACUUUAUGAGACCUGA